CACGUGACCUAUUCCAAGAUGUCUGCGCCCACUAGCAAAACGUGAAUGUAGUCGGAAAUCAAAAAUAUUGAAGAAAUCGAAAAACAUGUCUCGAUUAAUCGUGAAGAAUCUCCCAAGCGGGAUAAAAGAACACAGGCUUCGUGAACUCUUUUCUGAAUUUGGCACUCUUACUGACUGCACUCUUAAAUAUACCAAAGAUGGCAAGUUUCGUAAGUUUGGUUUUAUCGGUUACGGAUCAGAAGAUGAAGGCAAAGCAGCUCUAAUCCACUUCAAUAAAAGCUUCAUUGAUACAUCUCGUAUCUCUGUUGAGCUGUGUAAAGCAUUUGGUGAUCCCAAAAAGCAAAAGGUUUGGAGCAAACACUCACAUCGUGAAGAUAAGGAUUUGGGAAAGAAGCAGGAAACAAAAGGAGCACCAGGAGACACAAAGACGAAAAAGAAGACUGAAGUCUUGGAAGAGCAGAAAAAGAAGAAAAAGAAGACUAAAGUCUUAAAAGAGCUCGAGGAAGAUAAUGACUUCAAGGAGUUCCUUUCUGUACAUCAGAAUCGGGCAAAGGCUGCCACCUGGGGCAAUGAUACCCAGUCAGUGGGUACCAAGAACGAUAAGAGUCGUUCACAGGAUGAUUACCUGAAUUUUGAUUCUGACUCUGAGGAAAACAUGAGUGAAGAAGAGGGAGAUGAAGGAGAUCAUUUAUCAGAAACAGGAGAUGACUCUUUAGGGAAGCUUGCUCUGAGGUCAGAGAUUUCGGACAUGGAAUACUUGAAGUCUAAGGUAGUAAAAGAAUCAUCUUCUGAUUCAUCUGGAGAAGAGGAUGAAGAGAAAGAGGCAACUGAGGGAACUGAGGCAGGGGUAAAAACUGAGGGAAAAGCCAAAGAUCAGGCAAAAACAGAAACUAUCAAAACUGACAAGAGAGAGAAACCAGCUGUGCAGAAUGAACCAACAACUGCUUAUACUGUGAAACUAAGAGGAGCUCCUUUUAAUGUUACAGAGCAAAAUGUGCGUGAGUUUCUUGUGCCAAUGAAACCAGCUGCGAUCCGAAUUGUGAGGAACGAGCAUGGAAACAAGACUGGUUAUAUAUUUGUGGACUUCAACAGUGAAGAUGAUGUGCAGAAAGCUUUGAAAAGGAACAAGGAUUAUAUGGGUGGACGAUACAUUGAGGUAUUCAGGGACGAGCGUCCUAAAGGUCCUCGGGUUCCCACUGUGGUCAAAAAUAGACCAUGGGAGCAAAGGGAACUGAAGGAGGGAGAGAUGCAGGAGGAUGUGUCAGAUUCUGGAAGACUUUUUGUCAGAAACCUGCCAUACAGCUGUACUGAGGAAGACCUGGAGAAACUGUUUUCUAAGUAUGGUCCCAUCUCUGAGAUCCACUUACCAAUUGACAGUCUUACAAAGAAGCCUAAAGGCUUUGCCUUUGUCACAUUCCUUAUCACAGAGCAUGCUGUAAAGGCCUGUGCAGAGGUGGAUGGGCAGAUUUUUCAGGGCAGGAUGCUUCAUGUUCUUCCAUCUACAGUUAAAAAGCAGGAUGAAGGAGAGAAUGGGCCUGAUAACUCUGGUUACAAGAAGCAGAAGGCAUUAAAGGACAAAGUCAACAGCUCCAGCGCUCAUAACUGGAACACCUUGUUCAUGGGGACCAGUUCAGUGGCUGAUGCAAUUGCUCAGAAAUACAACACCAGCAAGAGCCAAGUUCUAGACCAUGAAGGGAAAGGAAGCCUGGCUGUAAGGGUUGCACUUGGAGAGACACAGCUUGUACAGGACGUGCGUCAGUUCUUGCUUCAGAAUGGAGUCAGUCUGGACUCUUUCAGCCAGGCUGCAGGUGCGCGCAGUAAGACAGUGAUCCUGGUCAAGAAUCUUCCAGCUGGCACUAAAGUAGCAGAACUGCAGGAGGUGUUUGGACAUUUUGGAGACUUAGGACGGGUUCUGCUGCCAGAAGGUGGGAUCACUGCCAUUGUGGAGUUCCUGGAGUCCACUGAGGCCAAACGUGCAUUCAGCAAGCUGGCAUACACCAAGUUUCAGCAUGUUCCACUGUACCUGGAAUGGGCUCCAAUGAAUGUUUUCAGCACCCCACCUGCCCAGAAGACAACCGAACCAUCAGAAGAGGCAGUUUUGGAUAAGCCUGUGGCUGAGGCAGCAGAGACUCAACCAGAGAAAAUAGAUGUAUCGGAGGAGGAGGAUGAGACUCUUCCUGGCUGUACUUUGUUUGUCAAAAACUUGAAUUUCAGCACUAACGAGGAAACCCUUCAAAAGGCCUUUUCAAAGGUUGGACCUGUGAAGAGCUGCAGCAUUUCGAAAAAAAAAGACAAGUUGGGUUCACUUCUGUCUAUGGGAUUUGGGUUUGUUGAGUACCGCAAGCCUGAACAUGCACAAAAAGCUAUUCGGCAACUUCAGCUCUGCACUGUUGAUGGACAUCAGCUGGAGGUGAAGUUGUCAGAAAGGGCAGUUGGUGCAAAGACGACUACAGAUCGCAAGAAGCAGACCACCAAGAAACAGCAGAGCUCUAAGAUACUCGUGCGCAACGUCCCCUUCCAGGCCACAGUCCGCGAGAUAAGAGAGCUGUUUAGCACAUUUGGUGAGCUGAAGACUGUACGACUCCCAAGAAAGAUGGCUGGCACCGGGACUCACCGUGGCUUUGCUUUUGUGGAUUUUGUUACCAAACAAGAUGCUAAGAGAGCGUUUAAUGCCCUGUGUCAUAGCACCCAUUUGUACGGACGCAGACUGGUUCUAGAAUGGGCAGAGAAUGAGGAGAGCCUGGAGACUCUUAGAAGGAAAACUGCUGAUCAGUAUCUUGGUUCACCAAAGAAAAAGAAAAGAGCCUCUGCUCUUAUGGAUGAGUUUAUGGAGGGCCUAGAGACAGAGGAUGCGAAUGACCAAGAGGCGACAAUUUAAGGGUACAGUCUGUCUACCGAGCUGUUUCAUGAGUGGCAUUAUCAGGCCCGGUCAUUGUCAGGAUCUCAACAUACUGCACUAUUUACUGGAAAUUCAGUACAAAUUCCACUUUUACUUUUAGUCAUCUAUGGACAAGGAUAAGCACCUAAGGAAAAUGUGUUCUCUUGCACUCAAACAAGUCAUAAAAAAGAAACAAUACUACAUUUUUAUAUUAAUAUUUUUGAUGGCGUCAACUGUGUAUAUUUAAUGUAUAUUUCAAUAAAUUUUAAUAAUACUUUAA